CUUCCUUUAACUCCACCCUCUAAUGCCACUGUAUUCGGAGUCAGUCGGGAUACACAGCGUCCUGGUUUUCACUACCAAAAGCCUGUUUUUGAAGCCUGGAUCUUUCUUUUUAUUCUGAGCUGUUGUUUGAGGUCCUUUUUUUCUGAGGAAUUAGCAGCAAAUUUGUACUUUCUGUUGCCAAUGUCAUUACAGAGCUUCAGAAUGAGGACUGCACUGAGAUGUUUGGGAUUAACACAGUGCCUGCUGGUGACUGUAUAAGGGAAUUACUUUGAAACCAAGUGUUAAGUAGAUGAAAGACAAUGAAGUUUUUUCAGCUGUGGAUGGCUUUGUGGUUUGUUGCUUUAAAGGAGCUGCACCUGUCUGUGAGUGUGAUAGUGAAGUUCCCUAACAAGAAGCCUUUGUACGUAGCACUGAACAAAACUCUGGUUCUUGAAGCUGACUUUCAACUUCAGCAAAGUGAAAAAGUUCUGUUGCAAACAUGGGAGCGUAAGAACAGAGACGGGGAAAUCAGAGUGGCAGAAUCUGGCAGAGGAAACAACGAGAGGAUUUCUGUGGAGAAGAAUGGAGCACUAUUGAAGAUCACAGGAGUCACAGAGAGUGAUUAUGGAGUUUAUAAGUUUACGGUCACUGUAAACAAUGGAGACCAAGUGUCUGAUUCACGUGAAGUGCUAAAAAUAAUCAAUCCCCCAAAUGCAUCUCUUUAUAUGCAAUGUAGCAUCCCAAGUGUGGACGCACAGUGGGACAAACCUGCAUUUUUAUGGCAGGUAAACGGAAUCACAAUCGCCAAUAGGAAUGAGGAGAUCUCCGCAGAUGGCAGCAUGCUACACUUAAUGAAACUGGAUCAAAAUUACACUUGCAUUACAGACAGCAGUCAGGGGACGAGCAAAGUGGAAGUGCGCAUCAAUGAGCAACAGUGUCCAACCUGUCAUGUAUCCACUGUGGUUGUGUUUGCAGUCUUUGAAUUUAUCAUAAUUUGUCUUUUAGGGUUUUGCUUGUAUAAGAGGCAUAGGAAAAGUUAAACACGUCAAUAAUUGAUACCUGCUGAGACAACAAAUCAACUACUGAACACUGUACUGCUGAAAUCUACACUUCUUUUCAUUUAAAUGUAUUCUUAAGUUAUUUAUUUAGAUGCUGAUUAUUUAUAUUUGAGUAAUAAUGCGAUCUUGAUUUAUGAAUUAAUAUUUAACUCCUGUAUUAACAUGGUGACAUCCAAUUUCAAUGAUCUUGGAAUCAGUUAACAGCAAAAAUGUUUCCGAAGGUUGUUAAUUUGCACAAAAAAUAACAUUUUAUAACAGAAUAUAGACAGUCUAGUGAACAGGACUCUAAUAGAAGCAUUUUAAGGGGCCAAACAUCCAGAUCCGAUGAGCUGCACAUUCUCAGACCUUCUACACUAGUUUCCAAGCAGCCACAUAAAAAAAAGAAGGAUUACUGUGUGUGUGUGUGUGUGUGUGUGUGUUAUUCUGAAGUAUAAAGAUAAUGAAAAAGGAAGGAUAAGUCAUUUACUGUUCUCAUGAAAGGGUGUUUUAAUUUGAUAAUGACUUAAUUUCAUUCAAAGACACCAUUGUUUUAAUGCUCUUUAAUUACGUACUUAACAUAAAUAACAUAAAUUUGUCCUAAUGCCAGAAAUGUAACACCUUUAAAAUUUUUCGUCUUUAAUUUAGGUGUCAUGUAGCGUUCCGUUAUUAUUCCCAGAACAUAAUAGAAUAAAAUGUAAAGAUUUUAGGUUUUAAGUUGUAGCAUAUAAUAAUUGACACACUUAACAGUAAAUAAAACACUGAUUUAUUAAUGA